GUUCAACGGUGACGUCACCACGAACCAGAAGGACACUCUGACUGUCUCCUUACAUACAAGGAUGUUCGACACACUGGGGGACGUUUCACAAGACAAUAAAGACCACAUCAGUGUCAUAACAUGUUCAUAAACCGAGCUGCAUUCCACACCAGAGAGGCAACAAAGAAACACAACUGGACCAGCCACCUCACUGCAACAAAGCCUGUGUUUGCUGACAGUAUCUGCGAGGAUAAAAUGUGAAUACGACACAUGUUAAGGGCCAGGUCAUGGUGCAGCAGGCCAAGCAAAGUAUUCCAGAUGCCCCUCUCCCCAGCGACUCUUUCCAGCUCCUCCUGGGGAACCCCUGAGGUGUUCCCAGGCCAGAUGAGAUAUGUAAUCCCUCCAGCGUGUUCUCAGUCUGCCGGGGCCUCCUACCAGUGGGACAUGCCCAGAACACCUCUAACAGGAGGCGCCCAGGAGGAUCCUGAUCAAAUGCCUGAACCACCUCAACUGACCCCUUUCGACACGAAGGAGCAGCAGUUUUUUUUUCUAUCCAGAUUAAAACUCAGGUCUUGUAGAAAAACACAACAGAAAAUCUAAAGAUCUUCCAGAACAUAUCCCAUAACGUGAAGACUGAUGCAUUUUAAUAAACUGAGGUAAAACACAAGUUACUUUAGAUUUCUUUUACUCUGGGGUUUCUCUCAGGUCAGUCUGACACACUGAUUCACAUGAGUAGUUUUUGCUGUAGGGCCUCAGACUGCAGGUGUGUUCCUGAACAGAUGAUGGCAGCAGAGGCUUUUUAAGGGCAUUAGGAGCUGGGUUUAAAAAAGAUUCAAGGUUCAAGAAGUUUAUUGUCAUAACACAGUAAAGCAGUGGUUUACAGCAUACAGUGGAACUCUUCAUUGUUGGUGUCAGUUCAGUUUUCAGUUUUAUCUAUGAAGCCCAAUAUCACAAAUCACAGUUUGCCUCAGAGGCUUUACAGCACACGACAUCCCUCCCUCACAGUGGAUAAGGUAAAACUCCCCCAAAAAAGCCCAUCGCACUCACUGACUGCUACAACUUCAUCUGACUUGUUGCAAUAUUUUCAGAUUAUUUAAUUCCUUUUUUUCCUUUCUUCAAACGCUGCCCCCCGUUAACUAUCUGUGACCUUUUAUAUUUUGUAAAUCAGUAACCGCUGUGCAUCUGUCUAUGUGUUAGUGUGUCCAUGUUGUCUCCAUCUGUGUGCAGUCAUUGGUGAAGGGAUUAAAAAACAUUUACAGAUGAUGUGGCUCUGACAGGCCACAUUUACAGAGCUGAGAUUGAGCCACUUCUACAGCUGGUGCUCAGAUAACUCACUGGUUUUAAAAACAAAGAAAACCAAAGAAAUUCACAUCCAUUGCAGAAGAAAAUCCUCUCUGUCCCUAACAGCAAUGCUCGGCUUGCAAAGGCUCAACAGUGUCUGUAAAGGAAGUUUUGACCGUGGUGAUAUUAAGACUUUCAUUCAGAGUAUGUUGACCUUUAGUAUUCAGAGUUGGGGAGGAGGCACUAUCUGUACAAAACAAGAACAAACUGUCUGGAGAACCAACGUGCAGUGUUCCUCACAUGACACAUCAGAACAUAAUGAAUCUAUCUCGUAAGAUCACAGCCGAUCCACUGACGUCUCUACCUUCAGGGAGCAGGUAUGCAGACUAAAUGAGGCGUCACAACAUCUGUCCCACAAACGGGCUCUGAUCACAUGAUCUUAUUGAUUUCUCAAUGAUCGUGCUUUUUAUGACACUUUUGUGAUGCUUGUUUUAUGUGAUGUGCUGUUGAUGUGUUGCUUUUAUGCUCAGUUGUGCGGAACAGAUCCCCCUCGGAGCAGUAAAGGUUUUAUUUAUUUCUACUCCAGCACGUUUCAGAGGGAAAUAUUGUAACCUACUUUUUACUCAACUGCUUCUCUAACAGGUGUACUAACAGUUACUUUUCAGAUUUAUACUUUGCAUUAAAAACACAAUGAGCCCAUUAAUUACAAGACGUCAAAAAAUAAAUCAGUGGUUCCUCAUGUUUUUGGCUGAUGACCUAUUAAAGGAAAGCAGUGUCUGGUUGGGUCCCUCGUCAUGUUUUAUAGUUGUUAGCAUCCAUCCUUCCACCAAAAAGGGAUUUUCCACUUUAGACUUCUCACAUGGUUUAAUUUAAAUAACUUUGAGGCCCAAAGAGGUCAGAUUAUCCAAAACAACAGCAAAAACUGAAUAAAGAAUUAAUGCAGCAAAGGGGGUGAAGGGGUCCGAACUUUCCCUUGAAGGUUGGGCCUUUUUCUUUUGCUAGAUUAACUGGAUUAUCAGAGGAUCACUUUCUGACAGGUUGUCUUAAAUUUGUUGUACUGAAGUGUUUGUGUAUUUUGAUAAUACAAAUUAAAACAUAAAAUCAGUGUUGGGGUGUAACCCCUUAAAUCUGUGAGUGGCCACAGAGAAACCACUGUGGAAGUCACUGUAUUAAUAAACACUUGACAGCAUUGAUGGAAGACGAAUUCAGGGACCAGUUGCACAAAACUUUGCUUUUUAGGUCCAAUAUAAACUAUGAAACAUUACUAUUGCAAUUUCUCUUUCUCUUGAGCUCGACUUACUGGACUAUAAGCACGUCUGAGUGUGAUGCCGUGACACAAAGGCCCUAAAUUGUGACCCCUGGUAUACCUUUAAUAUGUUAUGUGGGUGUCUCUCUCUCUCUAAUGCAAGUUUCCCUGGUCAAAGCACAGACUGACUGGACUACAUCUAUAUUAGAGUGGUCUCCUUAUUAUGGGAUGUUCAUAUAAAGCAGCCCCUUGUCUCUGACAGUCUUCCUGUGCUCUGCAGCCCCCUGCAGGCUCAGGCCGGUACUGCUACAACCAGCCAUAAUAGGCAGUAGGAGUGGAUGAUCCUGAACCGAGCAGUCAGUCUGUCUUCACAAGGAGCACUGCUGUCGGAGGUGAUACCGCCCUCCUCCUCCUCCUGCUGCUGCCAAACCGACCGCCUCGCUUCCAGCUUGACACCGGAGCCGGUGACCGGAGCCACCGGAGCGGGAUGCAUCGAUCUGUUUGGUUGUAGUGCUUCUCUCCGGCGGGUCCUCCAUGCGUCAGCCCCGGGAAUGGAUCAGGAAUCCGGUGCGGCGUCCACGGGGAGCUUCAUCUCCCUGAACGAGCACGAGCAAAGGUAUUACUCAGGUCUCCACAGCCUGUGCCAGGCGGACCCCUCAGGAGCUCUGUCGUCCAGCAAAGUGGCGGAGCUGUUCAAGGCGUCUCAGCUGCCUCCUGAAGCCCUGCAUAAAGUGACCGAGGUGUGUGGAGCGAAACGUCUGGGCUACUUUGGUACGCCUCAGUUCUUCGUGGCCCUGAAGCUGCUCGCGGCCGCCCAGUCUGGUCUGCCCGUCCACCUGGAGAGCGUAACGACCAAUCUACCUCUGCCCAGAUUCGCUGGGCUGAAGAAUGAAGCAGAGAUGCGAUACCCAACCGUCCCCCCAAGCAUGGAUGUUCAGGGGGCUCAGUGUGGGACUGCACCUGGCUCCGUCUCCUGGACUCCAGUAGACAGGAGCACCUUCAGACACCUGGAGGCCAACGUAGAGAGAAAGGAGCCUUGGUCCCCACCACGAUCACCGGCCACUUCACCACCUCGAUCCCCCCUGACCUACCGCGGCUACCCGUAUGCCAAGCAGAGAAACGGGGCUGACUCACAGAUCGCCUAUGAAAGCAAACAUUCCUCACGGCCGGUCGUUCAGUUGGAGCAGCAUUCCUCGCCCAGUAACUAUGGGACCAAACCCACUGUGGAGCAUCCUGUUAUGGCUCGGGCUUCUUCAUCAGAGAGGCUAGACCAGCAGGGAGCAGUAGACUACUCUGACGAUGACCCCUGGAGGAUCACAGAGGAACAGCUGGAGUAUUACACUAAUCAGUUCAAGAGCCUGCAGCCUGACCUGGGGGCUCUCAUUCUGGGAACCAUUGCAAAGAACUUCUUCACAAAAUCCAAGCUCCCCAUACCAGAACUUUCCCACAUAUGGGAGUUGAGUGAUGUGGAUCGAGAUGGAGCUCUGACGUUCUCUGAGUUCUGCACAGCCUUUCACUUGAUUGUAGCACGCAAGAAUGGUUACCCUCUCCCAGAGAGCCUUCCCCCAACCCUGCAGCCAGGGUUCAUGCAGCAGGAAGAGGACAUACCGGAUACUCCUGAGAGUGCAGAGCCUCUUAUUGUGUUUGAUGAUGCUGUUCCACGGCCUGGUCACAUGGAUCGGAGCAUUAUAGAGAGGCUCCAGCCAGGCCUCGCCACGACAAAACAAGAUUUGAGAGAGGAAUCAUGUAAACAAGAUGCGGGUGUGAAAAGGGUGGCAACAUCUCAAGAGAAACAGACUCUGCAACUUCCUGAGAGGCCAGAGCCGCCUCAGGACCUGGACCCACACAUGAGGACAAAAACUAGACCGAGGUCCUUCUCCAGCACCUCUAUUGAAGAGGCAAUGAAGAAAGUAGAAGAGCCUCCUACUCCUCCACCUCGACCCCAGAAGACCCACUCCAGAGCCUCCUCGCUGGACCUCAACAAGCUCUUCCAGCAGGGCGCUCCAGGCAUUAAAAGUGGAUGGUUGCCGCCUCCUCCAGCCCUCCCUCCCAGACCAUCAACCUCACAGGUUCCUCAUUUUAUCACCGUAUCAGAGAAAACUCCCCAGAAUAAAGUGCAGCAGCCAAACUUUGCUGACUUCAGUCACUUCAGAGAAGAGGAGGAGAGCAGUGUGAAACCUGAGGAACAGGGGCCGCGCUCUAGAUUUGGAAGAAGUACUGAAGACCUGACGAAUGCUUCGAAACAGGACGUGAUCGGAGUCUCUCACAGUCAGCCGCCACAGAAGCCAGUCCGCAGGAAAUACCACCCAGAGAGCCAGAACCUGGAGACGCUACCUCCACCUGCCAUGCCAUUUCCUACGCCCACCAAAUCUGCUCAAAAGCUGCUGUCCAAACAGAAGAGAGAGAUCCAGAUGGCGAUCCGCAAAAACAAGGAAACCAACGCAGUGUUGACGCGCCUCAAUAGCGAGCUCCAACAGCAACUCAAGGUGGUUCACCAGGAGAGGGUCACCUUGGAGUCCCAGCUGGAGCUCCUGCGGCCUCUGGCCUCGACGUGACUGAGCCUGAAGUCUGGUCAGAGUCAUGUUACGUUAAUGUCUUGAUAAAACAUGAAUGUUUGAGCCAAGAUACAGAAAGUUGUCGUCUUUUGUCAUGAAUGCAUUAUAUAUGUGUAAAAGGGGUGACGAUGGGGAUUAACAGGGAUGUGACGCUGGGAUUUCUCUGAUGAUCAGCUCCAGUCUCACAUCCAGAUGUUACUCUGUGUUACUUUUAAUGUUUUACAGGAUUAAACCAUGUUUUUUUUUUUUAAAUCAUUGUAUGAUAUGCACAUGUAAAUGAUCCUGUUAUUCAUUGUGACGUUCUAACUUAUUUCAGUCUCACCCAUGAGUCUUACUUUGCUUACGUUCAUGUAACAGUCUGUGCCCAUCUUGUCACGACUCAGAUACAUGUUUCAUGUGUGUUACAUGUUCUGUGUUAAUGAUGGGAACUAAAGUGCUCUCGUUUUUUUCUCAGUCUAUGUAUACAAUGCAUUUCAUGUGUAUCCAUGUGGUCUAAAGCAAGUAAUGGUGCUACAGAUUAGUUUUGAAUCUGAUUACUUUUUGCACUUAAAGUAAAAAAAAAAACACAUUUGCCAAGUUGUUUUUAAGGUUUGAAAAGCUACGUUAGAUAUGAGUUGGAUUUUGUUAAGCUUCAGAUUUCCAGCCUGCGUACAAGAUUUGAAUGUUGACCUGUCUGACACUGGAUUUGUAUGAAAUAUGGACGUUUUACUUGAAAUUUUGCUCCAUCUUUAACACAAGCACUGUAUGACUUGAUUUUUUUAACCCUUGUAUGUUUGUUAUCACAUGAAGAGCUACUUCUGCACUGCAAGCCUGGAGAAAAAAAUUCAGGGCCAAUAAAAAGUCCAGAAAAGCAAAGAAAUAAGCACAAUAUUCCUCUGAGGUUUUGCAAGAUAGAUUUCAAAACAGCUAAUGUCAGGUAGGGUUUUGAUUUCAUCUAUGCAAAGAUGUGGUGCUGUUUCAGCUUGCUUUAGACCAUGUACCAUCAGGAACAAUCAGGAUGUGUGGAGGGAAAAAAAUGACGUGGUUGAAAUACAUGAUGGAAUGCUUGAUACUGCAUGUUUGCUAAAAUGAUGUGAGCCUUGGACUGUAAACUCACCUUGAAUCAUGCACAACUACUGAGCUCUGGGCUGAAGACAAUAAUCAAACUAAUCAAUAAAGUUGUCUAUUUUUA